GACGACUGACAGGAGCGCCCCCUGCCAAAGGAAAUCGUAAAAGCGAAAAGAGUAUUAACUCGCUGCACUCCUGAUCCGACUUCUGUGGUUAACAUCACGGUUGUGUUGGUUUCUGUGCACCGGUGAAGUACCCUCAAUAAAUCGCAAUGGCUGACUUGAAAAGCUACGAAGUCGAGGAGUGCAGAGCUUGCUUUGAGGUGUACGACACCACCGGAGAAGGCAAGAUUGACGCCCACUAUUUGGGCUCUUUACUCCGUGCUCUGGACUUGAGUGUCACAGAAGAAACCGUGAAAAAGCAUGGCGGUACCGCAAAAUUAGGUGAAAAAAUGUUGUCAUUUGAAGAAUUCCUGCCAAUCUACAGCGACGUCAAGAAAGCCAAAGAUAUCGGUCAAAUUGAAGAUUUGCUUGAAGGUCUAAAAGUAUACGACAAAAAUGAGAACGGCACAAUGAUGGCAGCUGAAUUGGCUCACGUUUUACUUUCCCUAGGUGAGAAAUUGGUAGACAAGGAAGUUGAUGAAAUCUUCACCUCCUGCUGCCCACCUGAAGAUGAAGAUGGCUACAUUAAAUACGAAACAUUCGUUAAGACCAUUCUGGCUGGACCACACCCCGAAUCCAAGUAAUUAACCAUCCAACCACAGCGUCUGUCACAAUAUCGUAUUUCCUGGAGCGAAGAAUCAAGAACUCUAUUACAACCAUCUUCUCCAAGAUUACUACCUCCUCUCCAAUAUCCAUUCCUGUUUCUGUCCUCUUACAAUGUACCUCUCUUCAUUUUUCAUAGAAACUUUCAUUCAAAAUAGGACAAUAACCAUCCUACCAUCCUCUUUAUUCUCAAGAGACAAUAUCUGUUCCUUAAAUGUUCAGUAAGAGGUUCAUCUGUGAAUUCUAUUUAUGACCUCUUUUCUACUUGGUGAUGUGUUCCGGCAGCUUACGAAACGCUUCAAGAAAUAUCGAAUCGCAUAUUGAUUUUUCAGAUUAAAUUAUUAUUUGUAUAAUAUU